AUGGCACCUCCCCCAGCCAUGGACGCCGAUGAAAUGGACGUAGAGGAAGAUUACGAUCAGGAGCAGAGGAUAAUCAAUGAAGAGUACAAGACAUGGAAGAAGAAUAGCCCUUUUCUCUAUGAUAUGAUACUCAGCACCGCCCUUGCCUGGCCGACUCUGACCGUGCAGUGGUUACCUGACGUAAAGGAGCCAGAAGGCAAGAACUAUCGUAUCCACCGUGUCCUCCUCGGCACGCAUACAUCGGGAGCCGCCGACGAGUACCUUCAGAUUGCCGAGGUCGAGAUUCCCAAGGCUGUCCAGCCAAACCCAGCAGACUACGACGAAGACCGCGGCGAGAUUGGUGGCUACGGUGGCAGCAAGGGAAGCGAGGCGGCCGCUAUCAAGUGGAACAUUACCCAGAAGAUAGACCACCCGGGCGAGGUGAAUAAGGCCCGCUACCAGCCUCAAAACCCAGACAUCAUUGCCACAGCCUGCGUCGAUGGCAAGAUCCUCAUCUUCGACAGGACUAAGCACAGCUUGCAGCCCUCGGGCACUCCUAAUCCCCAGUAUGAACUUAUUGGCCACAAGGCUGAAGGUUACGGACUCAAUUGGAGCCCUCACGACGAAGGUUGCCUUGUCACUGGCAGCAGUGACCAGACGGUGCUUCUGUGGGAUCUCAAGGAUGUUCAGCCCAACAACCGUAUCCUCAAGCCCAAGAGGAAGUACACACACCACAGCCAAGUUGUCAACGAUGUGCAAUAUCACCCCUUGGUCAAACACUUCAUCGGUACCGUGUCGGACGACUUGACUCUGCAGAUUCUCGACACAAGGCAGGAAUCGAAUGAGAAGGCGGCAUUGGUCGCCAAGAAUGGCCACUCAGACGCCAUCAACGCGUUAGACUUUUGCCCCGCCUCAGAAUUCUUGGUCGCAACCGCUUCGGCCGACAAGACUAUCGGCCUAUGGGAUCUGCGCAAUGUCAAAGACAAGAUUCACACCCUAGAGGGUCACCGGGAUGCCGUGACUUCAGUGUUCUGGCACCCGCACGAGGCUGGCAUUCUUGCCAGCGGCAGCUACGACAGGCGGAUCCUGUUCUGGGACUUGAGCCGCGUCGGCGAGGAGCAACAACCAGAGGAUGCUGAGGACGGACCGCCAGAACUGCUCUUCAUGCACGGAGGUCAUACCAAUCAUCUGGCCGACUUUAGCUGGAACCCCAACGAGCCUUGGAUGGUCUGCAGCGCGGCAGAGGACAACUUACUUCAGGUCUGGAAGGUUGCCGAGUCGAUCGUUAAGCGCGACGACGCCGACCUGCCGGUGGAUGAGCUGGGCCCCUAG